UGGAUUCCAUGCAUAUGAUCACACAACCUAAGACUGGUCAUUGUAUGCAUCAACCAAUUGUUGCGUGCCACAUCAUCGACUGACAGAUUGCUAUAACAUAUGAUGUGGUUAACUGAUGCGUUAAAUACCUAUCCAGGUGUUGUAAGAUCUGGACAGAGGACCGCACCCAUAAGCAUUUGUUUGCUUUGCUUUUUGUAGAGGUCCAUUGGCAGCACCUCUGCCACAUACCUAUCCCAGGCCCCCUAUAGUCCCUACAGGAGUAUGGUGCCUUCCUAUAACCAGCUGGCUGCCAGCUCUCUACUCAGCCAGCAGUAUACUGCUGCCUUGGGUAUGGGAGCAGGACUUCACAGCCUUCCAGUGAGAAGAGGCCUGGUGGUAGAGCAGGCUGUCCAGACAGUACCAGCGGAUAAUUCUGUCCACAGAAGUGGCCAUUCUGCCUCCCAGCAGCAAAGAACGGAGUCUGGUCAGCCUCCCGAAUGCUCUGGCAGAGAUGAUCCUCAGUCUCAGAGGACGACUGCCUCCAGUGCAUUGUCCCAGCCAUAUCCGCGACAGCAGGAAGAAUGAAGAAUCCUCCACAAUAGUAUGGGGCUUGCCUGUCCUAGCCACUCGGUAGCUCACCAUAGAAGACGCUUCUAGACCCUUCUUAUUAAUGAUAAGAUUAAUGAUGUCUUACCACUCAAAACUCAUCUUAAUUCUCACUCAAAAUACUCCCGUGGCUUUUUUUUUUUCCAAAUUGGCAUGAUUUGAUCUCUCGAUGUCUGCGCAAGAGUGAAGGUUUCAUCGAGUUCUGAGAUAGUACUUUUGCACAUAUAACACACUGUGGCUGAGGAAAGGCACUACUUCCAAUAUAAGUGAAACCCAAAUCAAUGCAGUUCUCAUCAUAUUGUGCCUCUUCUAUGGUCCAACGUCCCUGUCUGUUGUUUGGUGCUUUCCUGGGUAAUGGGGCAGUAGCUCUUCGGCUGCAUCAGAUUCACAACUGUCAGUGUUCAUGCUAGCUAGGCUAACAACAAACAUAGAAUUAUUGAGCAUAGCAUUGAAUGUGCUUGUGGAAGCAGAACAACUUGUGUCGUCAACAGGUGCAGGUGUAGUACUGUUGGUAGUAGCAGUACUACCAGUAGAGCUGGUAUGUGUCUUUAUGGACGCGGGCCUUACUAAAUGGACUGUUCUAAAAUGUGAACAAAAAAAUGUUUAAACAACCAAAAAAGUAUUAUUAUGAAUAUAUUUAUUCCCGUGAAUCAUAUUUGUAUUUGACGUACCCCCAACGGCAUUGCACCCCAAUUUGGGAAUACCUGAACUUGACAGGCAGACAACUUCGUCCAUUGCUUCCACCAUCACAGUGUAUUUUUCUGCAGUCUGUGCACAAGUGAUAAACAGAGUAAAAUAGGGAUUGGUCCGAUGGUGGUAAAGCACCAGGUGAUUUGCAUACAAAAACAGUCAAAUCAGAUACCUCACAUGUUGUUGUUCUAGUGUUAUGCAACACUUACAGUGCAUUCAGAAAGUAUUCAGACCACCUGACUUUUUCCACAUUUUGUUACGUUACAGCCUUAUUCUUAAAUUGAUU